CACCUCAGGCGAGCCGCGCGCGGUGCCCGGGUUGGCAGCACCCGACGCCCUCGGGGGCCGCGUAGCUCCCGAGCGCUCCCAGCUCCAGACGCGGUCGCGACUCUCAGCGCGCUCGCCGCGACCUCCGAGGGGGACUCCGGCCGCCACCUCCAGCUUCCUCCCUCCACGUCGGGAUGGCGGCGACGGUGAGCGUGGAGCCCGCGGGCCCCUGCUGCUGGGACGAGCCGGUGCGCAUCGCCGUGCGCGGCCUGGCCCCCGAGCAGCCGGUCACGCUGCGCGCGUCCCUGCGCGACGAGAAGGGCGCGCUCUUCCGGGCCCACGCGCGCUACUGCGCCGACGCCGGCGGCCAGCUGGACCUGGCGCGCGCGCCCGCGCUGGGCGGCAGCUUCGCGGGGCUCGAGCCCAUGGGGCUCCUCUGGGCCCUGCAGCCCGACAGGCCCUUUUGGCGUCUGACCAAGCGGGACGUGCAGACGCCGCUGGCCGUGCAGCUGGAGGUGCUGGACGGCCACGCCCCGGAGCCCGGGCAGCUCCUGGCCCGCGCGCUGCUGGAGCGCCGCUUCCUGCCGCCGGGGGUGCGGCGCCAGCCGGUGCGCGCGGGCCGGGUGCGCGCCACGCUCUUCCUGCCGCCAGGUGAGCAGGGACCGCUGACGAUGCCGGGCUGUACAGGGAUCGCGUUUGGUCAGCGCAGCAGGCAGUAACCGUGUCAGAGGCCGCCCAGCAGAAAUGGAGGACUCGGAGGUGCUAGGUUUUGUGCUGUGCGUUUUACUCGCACUGUCUCUCUUCCUCUCUGCAAUAUUCCAAUAACAGCAGCCCUGUUAGUCUGCUGAUGAAAAAGCACAUCCGACCUGCUCUUCAUCCUGCCCCACAGAUCUCUACAGACGGCAGUCAGCCCUUCUGGUCUUUGGGAGAAAUUAUGACCGUCACGGUGCCCAUGGCCACCUCUCUAGAGUCCUGGGCACACGGGGCCUUUCUCCACUUCCUGUGUCCCCUCCACUGCAGAUCACACUGAGACUCCCCCACCGGAAGCCAUCUCUGGGUUUCUUCUUUGUUGUCUGUCCACGUAGGCAUCCGAAGUAUCAAUACACAGAAACUCAAAGGUUGAUGCAACACAACCUGGACCUUUGUUUUGGCUUCUUUUUGUUUGUUUUUUAAAAGAUUUAUUUGUUUGAAAGGCAGGGUGAAAGGGGCAGAGAGAUGGAUCGAUCUUCCAACCUCAGGUUCACUCCCCAAAUGUCUGCGGUGGCCAAGGCUGGGCCAGGCUGAAGCCAGGAGCUUCUUCCCAGUCUCCCAGCUGGGUGCAGGGUCCCAAGGACUUGGGCCAUCUUCCACUGCUUCCCCAGGUGCAUUAGCUGUUGUACCCGAAUCGUCCGAUUCCCACCAAUUAAGGCCACCAGAGGCAAGGCUGAUGCCUGCACAAGAGUUUUAUUUCAAACUCGAGUCUGGU